GCAUGCGACUUUUUCUUCUAUCGCACCUUGAUUACUGAGUUCAGCUUUGUGCGCCCAAUAUAUAGAACGACGACGGCCCAUCUCUCAUCUUUGCAUUACGUAUCUCGAAGCGAUGGAUUCAGAGCUGUUCGACGUUUUUGACGAACCAGCGCAAAGAUCUCGCAAGGAUGAUGAGAGCCACCGGCCAAACAGGAGCAAGAAGCGCGAUGCAGAUGGAUAUGUGAAGUCUCCCUCGGAAGGCGCGCAGCUGUUAGACGCUGAAGAAGCACUAGGAGAUGUAGAGCCUGCGGCUUCGUUCCAAGGAACGCAUGAUGUGCAGGCAAACGGCGAGCAGCCAGAGGCGAAACGGCAGCGGCUCGCACCCGAAGAAGGACCCAUAGUCGCCGAUGAGUUCGAGACUGACCAGGCAAGAGAAGUCGCUGCUUCUGCUGGACUACAAGCUUCGACACAAGAUGCUCCGGCUGUUGUGCUACAUCAUCAAGUCCGACAUCAGGUAUCUCUGCCUCCCAACUUCGACUACGUACCGAUAUCACAGCAUAAACCGCCUGAGCAACCCGCUCGCACCUAUCCUUUCACCCUAGAUCCAUUCCAACAAGUAUCAGUGUACUCUAUACAAAGGAAUGAGAGCGUUUUGGUGUCUGCGCAUACGAGCGCGGGUAAGACGGUGGUUGCAGAAUAUGCGAUCGCACAAUGUCUGCAGAACAACCAACGCGUCAUCUACACCAGUCCCAUUAAAGCCCUCAGCAACCAGAAGUAUCGGGAAUUCAACGCUGAAUUUGGCGACGUCGGGCUUAUGACUGGUGACGUGACCAUCAACCCUACGGCGACAUGUCUCGUAAUGACAACAGAGAUUCUGCGAUCGAUGCUGUACCGCGGCUCGGAAAUCAUGCGCGAGGUUGCUUGGGUCGUGUUUGACGAGGUCCAUUAUAUGCGUGACGCGCAGCGGGGCGUCGUCUGGGAAGAGACGAUAAUCUUGCUACCCGACAAAGUCCGCUAUGUGUUCCUUUCUGCAACUAUUCCUAAUGCAAUGCAAUUCGCCGAAUGGAUCACGAAGACGCACAAUCAACCAUGCCACGUGGUUUACACCGACUUUCGACCAACACCACUACAGCACUACCUCUUCCCUGCUGGCGCAGACGGGAUCCACCUGGUUGUUGACGAGAAGGGCACAUUUCGUGAGGAGAACUUCCAGAGGGCCAUGAGUGCAAUAGCCGAGAAGCAAGGCGACGAUCCCAAUAAUCCCGAUGCGAAGUUUAAAGGCAAGAAGAAGAAGCUAGAGGUCAACAAGGGCGGUAAAAAGGUUCAAACAGACAUAUACAAGAUCGUCCGUAUGAUCAUGCUUAAGAACUACAAUCCUGUCAUUGUGUUCAGCUUUAGUAAGAGAGAAUGCGAGGACUACGCAUUACAAAUGGCGCAGAUGUCAUUUAACGAAGAGAACGAGAAGCUGCUAGUUACGAAGGUCUUUAAAGGAGCGAUAGAGAUGUUAUCUCCUGAUGACCGAGAAUUACCGCAAGUGCAGCAUAUCCUGCCUUUGCUCAAGCGGGGUAUAGGUGUUCAUCACUCUGGCCUUCUACCGAUCUUGAAGGAGGUUAUUGAGAUUCUCUUCCAAGAGGGUUUGAUCAAGGUGCUGUUUGCCACAGAAACCUUCUCGAUUGGCCUGAACAUGCCGGCGAAAACCGUCGUUUUCACUAGUGUUCGCAAGUUUGAUGGAGUUUCGCAGCGCUGGGUGACACCGUCUGAAUUUAUUCAGAUGUCGGGUAGAGCGGGCCGUCGUGGCCUUGAUGAGCGUGGUAUUGUUAUUAUGAUGAUUGACGAAAAGAUGGAACCUGCUGUCGCGAAAGAAAUUGUCCGAGGUGAACAGGACAAGCUUAAUUCGGCCUUUUACUUGGGAUACAACAUGAUCCUCAACUUGAUGCGCGUGGAGGGUAUCUCCCCCGAAUACAUGCUUGAGCGAUGCUUUUACCAGUUCCAGAAUACGGCAAGCAUUUCUUCGUUAGAAAAGAGACAGAUUGAACUAGAAAACGAGCGGGCUUCGAUCAUAAUCGAGGAUGAGGCAACCGUGAAAGAGUACUAUGAUCUGCGCAAGCAACUUGAUCAAUACGCUGCUGACAUGCGAGCUGUGAUCCAGCAUCCGAGCUACUGCCUACAAUUCUUGCAGUCUGGUCGACUCGUGCACAUCAAAUAUCAGGACUAUGACUUUGGCUGGGGUGCGGUGGUGAACUUCUUGGAACGAAGACCGGGAAAAGGUCAAAAGAAAGAGGAUUUCCAACCCCAGGAGUCAUAUAUUGUCGAUGUGCUACUUCCUGUCGCAUCGGACGUAACUGUCGGCACAAAGACUCACUCGGAUCUGCCUGACGGGAUCCGACCGCCUGCGCCGGGUGACAAAGGCAAGAUGGAGGUCGUCCCGGUGUUGUUAUCGUGCAUAGUAGCUAUUGGUCAUGUAAGAAUCUUCCUACCUAAGAAUCUGUAUUCCAAGGACGAUCGAGCGGCCGUGCGCAAAAGCCUUGACGAGGUUAAAAAGCGAUUUCCGGACGGCGUUGCGAUUCUUGACCCGAUUGAGAACAUGGGCAUCACUGAUGACUCGUUCAAGAAGCUGCUUCGGAAAAUCGAAGUGCUCGAGUCGCGACUGCUGGCAAAUCCGCUUCACAACUCUCCGCGGCUCGAAGGACUGUACAAUCAGUAUUCUGCAAAGAAGGAGCUGGACAGAAGGAUCAAAGAAGUGCGAAAAGAAAUACAGGCAGCUCUGUCAAUCAAGCAGCUCGACGAGCUCAAGAAUCGCAAACGGGUCUUGCGCCGCCUCGGCUUCAUCAACGAUGCAGAUGUUGUCCAACUUAAGGCUCGCGUCGCGUGCGAGAUCAGCACAGGUGACGAACUCGUGCUUAGCGAGCUGCUUUUCAAUCGCUUCUUCAAUGAGCUUUCGCCUGAAGAAUGUGCCGCUGCGUUGAGCUGCUUCAUCUUCGAAGAAAAGACAAAGGAUGUGCCACAAAUACGAGACAGCUUAGCAAAGGCGCAUCGAGAGAUUGUGAGCCAGGCGAGGAUUGUAGCGCAAGUUUCAAGGGAUAGUAAGCUGUCUCUUGACGAGGACACGUAUCUGCAAAGCUUCAAGCCGGAGCUGAUGGAGGUGGUUUAUGCUUGGUGUGGAGGAAGUACAUUUGCAGAGAUAUGCAAAAUGACCGACGUGUAUGAAGGCAGCCUGAUUCGCCUAUUCCGACGCCUGGAAGAGUUGCUUCGACAAAUGGCACAGGCCUCGAAAACAAUGGGGAGCGGGGAGCUGGAAGAAAAGUUUGAGACUGCUUUGGGCAAGGUUAGGCGAGAUCUUGUUGCGGCGCAGAGUUUGUACUUGUAAAGCUGAGCAGGCGAGCAUCACUCUGCACGUCGUUUUAUUGCACGAAGUACCCCCCCUAUGUACACAUGAAUUGCGAUUCUCUGCGCAGUUUUGCGUUCAGGUUGCUUCCGAUGCGUGCCGGCGGACCUGGCUCCACGACGAGAUAGCGCUAUGGGCUCACAAUGAGCGAAAUCGUGGGUGCCACAAGCACCGAUUAUGCGUGGCCUCACUCAAGCGUGUUGACUUGCAGCGGGCGAGGAUAUUCAAUGCAAGCGGUGCAUAACCUGGCCGCCAAUCGCUUGU